GUGGCCGCUUUGCCAAGAUGUCUUCAUUUUACGCCGAGCUUGCUGAACUACCUAGUUAUCGCUCGGCGGAUUUCAUUGCUGCUAACGCUUUGCGUGUAACGCUGGCCAUAUCCGAUCAUACGCGCAACGUCAAGAGGACACUAGUCAAAACUAUAAUUGUUGAUCCAGCCUCUGACGCAGUAAUCCGUUCUCCAUCUGAAGAGCUUGCUGAUGUGGUGGCGUCCACGAUAUCACCGUCCGGAAGACGCCGGGCAGUCCUGAAGGAAAUCUCUGAUCCACUGACAGCAGGGGGGAAGAAGCGAUUUGUCGAAAUCUGGUCUGGAGACAGGCUUGAAGCCGUCCGGGAUGUGACGGAAUCCCAUGGUGCAUUCUACUCCGAUGAGCAUAUUGCCACGCUGGUCUUCAAUGCCUCGGAGAAUGGUCUGCUGUACACCGCAGAGUGCCAACCCGCUACUGAACCUUCCAGGGAAAAGUUCAAAUAUAUUCCUCACUUCGGUGAAAGCUUCGCCCCGAAGAGGAACCCGACCUUAUUUCUUUUUCUUUGGCAAAAUAAUCGAGCAGGAGACACCAAGCAGCCAUCUGGGGAGGCUACGGUGCUCUCUACGUUGGUAAAGGUUGAGGUACAGCAUACCAAUCCAGUCCCUGUCUUCUUCGCCAAGGCGGUGUUCUCUGGAGACAAUUCGAUCUACGCUACGGGAUACGAAUACUCAUCAGACGGACGUCUACUCGGCAUCGUAUAUUGCCAGAAUCGUCCGGCCGGUAUAUGGCGUGUCGACAUACCACAUUCGAAGCUAUUGGCCUGUUCAUCGGAGCUAAUCUCCCGAUGUUCAAGCUCACGCCUGACGGAGAAGGAGCGGUCUUGUAGGUCCGUCAGAAUAGCCGAUAACACGAGGAUAUUCUGGCUUUCCAACUCAGCAGGAGGGCCGCACGCCUCCACCGCUUCCUUGCACUCGCUUGACAGCUCUACGGGGACAGCAAGGAUACUCAUAAACGUCCCUCGGGAGCCCGAGCCCGGCGCAUUCCCCGGCCUCUACAUUGAUUCACUCCCUAAGCGUCCUUUCCUACGACUUGGCCAGCAGAACAAGGAACUAUACAUCGUCGCCAGCUCCCCUUGGGGAUGCCAGUCGACCGUACUACUAAUCUCGGCUGACGACGGGUCUAUAACCGAGUUGACACCUCGUGGCAAUGGGCCUCUGUAUAGUUGGGUAGUUCUUGCCAGCGACGGGCGUGAUAAGAUCGUAUGCUCCAGGAGCAGUCCUACAUCCCCUCCGGAACUGGUGCUUGGCUACGUGAGCCAGGAAGCAAGGCCCACAGUAGAACAGUGGCAGGUUCUCGAUCAGGCGGCGCUGAGUACCUCAGUCAAAGCUGCUUUGUCUAAGCUCGAGAGCGAGGUGAUUAAGAUACCAGGACACCACCCUGUCGAAACUAUCGUCAUCAAGCAGCGGCAUGCCGCGACUAUCCCACCUACCAUCAACAACCCGCAUGGUGGGCCACAUUCCGUGACGACCACUAGCUUUCAGGCGGGAGCAGUGGCGUUUGCCCUUGCGGGCUACACUUUCGCUAUGCCCAAUUACACGGGUUCGUUGGGCUAUGGAGAGCAGUAUGUCAGGAAGCUCCUGGGUCAGUGUGGCACGCUGGACGUCAACGAUUGUAUCGCCUCGAUGAAACAUCUCGUGAAGUUGGGCAUCUCAAAGGAAGGCCCUGGGUCGCAGCUCAUCAUCGGAGGAAGCCACGGCGGAUUCCUUGCGGGUCAUCUUAUCGGCCAGUUCCCGGAUACGUUUAGUGCGGCGUCCAUCCGCAACCCGGUUAUUGCUGCAGGCGAGCUGUCCACGAGCGACAUCCCUGAUUGGUAUUUCUUCGAGUUCGGCGUGGACUUCGGGCCCACGUCUUUGAUGACGCCAAAGAUAUACGAGACGCUGACCAAAGCUUCGCCGAUAUCGCAUGUGGGCGCGGUCAAGGCGCCGGUUCUGUUGCUUGUGGGUGAGAAGGACCAGAGAGUAGCGCCGACCCAGGGUAAGAACUACUAUCACGCUCUGAAAGCAAGAGGAAAGCAGGUGGAGCUGCUUUGUUUCCCGGAAGAAUCACACCCUCUCGAUGGCGUGGAGUCUGCGAGAGUGAGCUGGGAGGAGACAGAGGCGUUGUUCCAUAAAGUUAAGGCUUGA